ACUUUAUCUCACAGACACGGGAAAUGGGAAAGCGCGCAAAAGUGCGGCAAUUUCAACAAAGUAAAUAAAAGAUAAUUUCCAGGAACUAAUUUCCAUAACGGCUUUCAUUGAAACGGCGUUGCCAUAAAUCAUGACAUCAGAGACAGAGUUGUCUGUAUACUGUAUCGUUAAUGUUGCAUCUCCCCCAGUUGCACUAACCAGACGGAAGGAGACAGGAGCCUUUUAUUACCACUUGCCAGUUCCAAUACAAGAUCAGUUAGUAAUCUUCUGUGAGGGAAACUGGAACCCAGCUUCAUCAGAAUAUACAGUGACUGUAACUUACAAAGAUGAUGAGAUAGAGUUAGGGAAAAUAACAAAUAGCAGCAGAUGCUUGUUUUGGAAGCGGGGAGGGACCACAAUUCCCGAAUCAAUGUCAAACGAGGAUGAGAAAGGCCUGGCAAAGCUUGUAGUUGAAAUGUCUGAGGAGCCAAUACAAGUAGAAAAUAUGGAGAUAACAACAAACACCAAAACUGAUCUGAGACUUGUCAAUGAAAAUACUCCACAGUUAACUGAAGAGACAGAAAAUACACCAGAAAGGCCUCAGAAGAAACGGAAAACCAGUCUUACUAAUAAAGAUGAAAAAACACCAACAGGGCAGGCAUCUAAAAAACUAAAGACUAAAAAAGUACCCACAAGAUUGAGAACACCAAAUGAUGAUAAAAAAACAAAAAGUAAAGAGGAAUCUCCUAAAAAUGAAAAGAAAUCUGAUAAAUCUACCAAUAAAUAUACUAAAGGUAAACAAAAGGCUUCACUGUCUGAAAGUGAUGCUAAGGCAGAUAAAAAAGACCAGAAAUCACAUGAAAAGGACAUUUCAAGUGAAGGAGACCAGAAGUCAAAUAAUGUCAAAAAAGCUGACCAAUCUUCUGAAAAUUUGUCUGAGGAGUUGAGCCCUAGUGUAAGUAAAGGAAUGAAGACUGGGAAAGGAAGUGGGGGGAAACAAGGAAAACUUACUCCUUGGUUAAACACAGAGCAAAAUAUAAAUAAUGAAAACAAUGAUGUAGGUAAGAAACAAAAUGAAAAAAAUGUCAGAAAAAAGUCAGAAACAAAGAAGAAAAUGGACACUUCACAAUCUGAGGAAACAGAAGGGAAAACAAAAAGGACACGGAAGAAAAAAGAUAAUCAGAAUGAUAGUAUUAAUGAGGAUAGUGAAAAUAAUGAUUCAAAUGAUAACAAACUUACAAAUAUAGACAAGGAAAAUGUGCAGGUUGAUGGUAAUAUUCCAUCUGUUCAUACAGAUCAGAAAUCAGAGUCUGAAGAAAGAAUUCCUGUCAAAGAAUCAAAAAGUUCAUUUACCAUAUCUACCACUGGGAAAGCUGCAACUUGUAAAGAUCUUACUUUAAGAGCCUUAGAUCGCCCAACAGGAAGAUGGGGCCACAGCUUAUGUUUUGUUAACAGAAAUCUAUCAGUUUUAAUCGGUGGACAGGGGGAAAAACAGCAAAUCAGCAAGGACUCUGUUUGGGCUCUUGAUUGUGAAACAAGAAGAUGGAAAGAUCCCCCAACAGUUGCAGAGGGUCAGAAACCAGAAUAUAGAAUGGGCCACACAGCUUCUUAUGAUCCUCUAGUCAGAUGUAUUUAUGUGUAUGGAGGGUCAAAAAACACACGAUGGUUUCAUGAUGUCCACAUUCUAGAUAUUGAAGAAUGGAAAUGGCAAAUUGUUAAGGUAAAUGGUAAAGCUCCUACAAGAGCGUACCACAGUGCGACACUGUACCGACAUGAGUUAUGGAUCUUUGGUGGUGUUUAUCCUCGUCCAGACCCACAACCUGAUGGUUGUAGUAAUGAAGUCCACAUCUUUAGUCCAGUAAUGGAGAGCUGGUACUCUCCGAUAGUAUCUGGGGAGAAACCAAUCCCUAGAUCUGGGCAUUCAGCAACCCUCAUCAAUGACCAGUUGGUAGUGUUUGGUGGUUGGGAUGCUCCUAUUUCAUACAAUGAUCUUCAUGUUUUAGAUAUGAGUAUAGUUGAAUGGUCUCAGCCUAAUGUGACAGGUUCUCCACCAAGCCCUAGAAGUUGGCAUGCCUCCUGUGCCCUCAGUGGGAACAGACUGCUCAUACAUGGAGGAUAUAAUGGAGACUUCGCCCUAGAGGAUACACACAUAUUCAAUCUAGAUGAUCUUAGCUGGAUACGGAUCCAUGUUGAGAAUCCACCUUCAGCAAGAGUUGGUCACAAGGCGUUGUGUAUGCCUUAUCGUCAUGACAAUGAAGAAGAGGAUGAAGUCAUCAUAUUUGGAGGUGGUGAUAAUGACGGGGCUUAUUUUUGUGAUUUGUACAGUAUUUAUGUACCUUUUCAACCUGCAACAUUAUCAUGAUAUUUUGAUGUGAAAUAUUUACACUUAUAUUGUUAAAGCCUACUGGUUU